AUGCAGGAAUCCAUAGGCACCGAGCACACCGCGCUCGAAGACGGCCACUUGUACGUCUUGUUGCAAGAGCAUAAGCUGGCCGCUGUCAGAAGCCACUACGAAGCAUUCAAGAUCACCAAGUCACUGAAACCCGGUCACAGCGCCAUAGCAACGUUCCUCUUCCACAGCAGACUGACCGAGUUCACCUCGUACGGUGCCCCGAGCGCAGUGUAUGCCUAUCUCGGAAGUCUUCCCAACGCUUUCCUUUCGCCUUCGUCCCGACAGUGGUGGCCCACAGACAGUGACGUCAUGGGCGCCGCUAUGGGAAUAUGCAAACUGCAACACCUUUACAAUAUUCCCGUGAAUAAAAUGGCGGCCAUGAAGUCCAAAUUGUUGCCACCUGCUUCACCCGAAGACUUCGCUUACGUGGCCAGGGGCUGUUCAAUGACUGGAAAGUUUGGAACCACCUCUGCCUGGAGCCAAGCCGCGCUGGCUAAGACGUCGUCCAUUGCGGGUGCCCCUCUUCAGAGGCUUCGGAUGGGUUUUGUAUGGUUGCAAACCAAUGACCAGCGCUGGCGGCUGUUGAAAGGAUGGGCAAAGCAUACAACGGCCGGAAAAGUCUACCCUUCGCCGCCGGAGAUAGAUAUCAAUGAAUACAAGACCGUCUGUGUCCAAGAGGGAUUCCUGAGGCCGUCAGGCAGCACACUUCUAUGCAUAAUGUCCACGAACUUCGGAGACCCGCGCUUGAUUCUGCAACCACUCAAGCUCGAGGUUCUAUCGUUGAAGCCACGCGUAGUGGUCAUCAGCGACUUCCUGUCUACAUCGGAAGUGAAUUACAUCAGAUCGGCAGCGCGCAAGGGGUUGGUAUCUUGGCUCUGGGACUCGGAGAGUAAUAGGCUGCAGCGCCUGUCUCGGCGCAUAGCCGUUGGGACUGGCUUGUCGGUGGAAUCUGCGGAGGCGUAUCAGGUCGCCAACUACGGCCUCGGCGGCCACUACACGCCCCACAUGGACGCCCAUCGGUUCGAUAAGGUGGCGAACCACGUGGACAUCGCGGACGGCAACCGACUCGCCACCGUGCUCAUGUACUUGUCCAACGUGGCCGCGGGAGGAGCCACUGCAUUCGUCAAUCUGGGCGUCGCGGUCAAACCCCGCGUCGGUGACGCCCUCUUCUGGUACGACGUGGAACCGUACGACGGAAGCGAGUUCCCCGAGCACAUGUCUUUCUGGCACCAGAAAAGGCAAGCGGACCCGCUCACGACGCACGUUGGCUGUCCCGUACUGUGGGGCUCCAAGUGGAUUGUCACCAAAUGGAUUCACGAGAGAAGCAACGUCGUCGUGGAGUACAACACACCUGGAUGA